AGGAAAACGUGCGUGACAACGCAAGUAGUGUGUGCAUAACAAUGCGAGUGAAAAGUGCAUGACAAUGCAACAAGCGUGCGCGACAACGCAAGUAAGGUGUGCAUGACAAUGCAACAACAAUGAGAUGCACAUAUUCAACGUAAGCAUGGUAAAGGCAUGCUAUUCGCGAUAUUGGGAUACAACCUAAAAACAAGAUGAGGCGUUCUCAAUGUAAGAGUGAAAAGAUGUAUAUAACAAAUACGCACCUUACAAACAUAACAAAACAUUGUAAUGCAACAUAUUCAAAAGCAAUUCUUGAGCAAUUCUCAAAUCUUGCAAUAUACAAAAGGAUACGAAAAAGGAUACACCUCGUGCGUAUCAAGCAACGCACAAGGAAGACACGGUUCGAGGUCACCACGAAGGCCGCGUAAGCUUCAAAAGUGUACUUCCUUGCACUUUCUUGAAAGAUGAGGGUGCCAAUUAACAGAAUUACCCCAAACAAGGGCAUUGGAGGUGCAUCGACUAUAAGGGCCAUCCAUCGGCCAUCAAAAGAGCUUAUCGGCUGAAAAUUUAGCCGUUUGGCCAAUAAUUUGGCCGAUCGGCCAAAAGUGGCAAAUUCGGGGCAGUUUUUUCCAUUUGCUUCGGGCCUUUAAAUAUAGGGUUCCAAACCCUAUAUCCUCACUUGUCCUUAGCUGAAAACUCUUGCUCUCUCUCUCUAGGUUGUUUUCCAUCCUUCGAUUCAAGCUUUUCCCCCGUUUUCCAAGCUUCCACAACUUUCAAUUCGCAAAACCCUCUUCGUUCCAAACACUUUGAACCGAUCAAAAUGUGAUUUCGGAGCCACAUUCUAGAUUUCCACCACUUGGGGUUUGUUUCACCCAAGUUAUCCUUGGUUUCCGUGCCUUCUCCCACACUUCGACUUCUUCUUCUAUUUUCCCCCCUCGGGGUUGACUUUCAGUUGACUUUUGGCAUUCUUGCCCAUUUUUCGUACCCUCGAUCAUUUCCUUCCUCUUCUCGAGAUGGCAGCCGAUAUUCCAUAGGGUGGGGCUCCUCUAGAGAUGGAAAUGGAGAUGGAUCCUGAGUUCGAGCUCUUGCCACUCAGUGUUCGGCCAUUCGACCCGGUGACGUACCAGCCUGAGGUACAUGUGUUGCCUCCCGACAGUAUUCGCCAGUUCAGGAGCUACGCAUGAGGUGCGCCAUUGGAGCUCCUGCUACACGAACCAGAGUCACACCUUUCAUAUGGCGCCGCUAAGGUAUACUCUUCCUCUUUACUUUCUGCAAUGUAGGUCGUAUAUCUUGGAUAGUUGAUACUGCCCUUUAUCUAAUCAUCACAGACACACUUAUAGAUCACAUGCUUAGUUCAUCCUGAGCACAUUCAUACAUGAUAUCUGUGCCAACUCGAACACAUGCACACACACUACAUUUUCAUCAAUUCUGGACACAUUCAAACACUGUAUUUCUAACACUACUUCGCAUCUGUUCGUCUUGAACACAGGGAGAUUCGCAUGCCUUCCGAGGUUAUGGAAACACCAUUCCCCGAGAUUGGUACAUGUAGUUGCCUGAUGAGGUCCGCCAGAUCGUCGACCAUGCCAGCUUCGGCAUUUUCUGCAUGGGACUCUCGCACCUCACUGCGAGUAGGCCCCUUCUAGGCGCACUGGUUGAGAGGUGGUGGGACACCACUGAUUCCUUCCACCUUUCUGCAGCGGUGGAGAUGACGAUGAUUCCCUUUGACUUCUCCAUGCUCACCGGCAUCGUAGUAGGGGUGAUCCGAUCCCUUUCGACACCGACAUGGGCAAGUGGGAUGCGCUUAGAUCUUUCUGCUAGGGAUUCGCCCACCCCUCUCCCGAUCGGGGUUCGUAAGAUAUUAAUGGUUCGAGGACCAGUUCAAGAUACAGAUACCGACGACCCGAGAGGAGGUCAAGCAGUAUGCCUGAGGGUUCAUCAUGCUCUUGCUGGGCACCACCCUCUUCACCGACCAGGCGAACACAGUUGGCCUUCAUCUGUUGAGCACGCUGGUGGACGUGACCAGGAUCCGACGCUAUGAUUGGGGUGGCACAGGCCUAGCCACAUUGUACGGGUACAUGAGCUCCUCAUCAUACCGGAGCGGGCAUCUGUUAGGAGGCUAUUGGCGAGCCUGGGAGUUGUGGGUGUAUGCCUACUUUCCGAGGCUUGCUUCAGAGCCGGAGGUGGAGAUGCCCCUCGUUGUUCCCUAUUCUCAUCGAUAUGAUGUGAGGUGCGGGCAGAGGCCGCGGGAGUUUUUCCUGUUCUUCCGCAGAUACUUUGACACCAUAGCCGUAGCAGAGAUCACCUGGCAGCCCUGGGCAGUGCUGCUUAACACAGUGAAGGACCAGUGCAUGGGUGCUCGGUAGGCUGCCCGGUUCCGGGUUUUGCUGGAGGGUCCGGUCUGUCGGGCAUGGUAUUUGGGAGAACGCUUCCUGCAUCAGACCCUUAGUUUACCUGAGCAGAUAGUCCCGAGGCCACCUCCUACCCAUAUGAGGCAUACAGAGAGGUACAUCCCGCAGGAGAUGAUCGAUUUCACUAUUGGCUGGGACGCUGACUUUUUCAGAGAUGAGGGCGACUACACCGUCUUCAUCCAGACUCAUCUUAUGCGACCUCUGGCCAGUGCUCGUCGAGUUGAGAGGGAGAGGCCUGCAGCCCCAGUAGGGAGAGUAAUAGCACAGAGGGCGACUCAGGCCUGCGACAGGAGUGGUUCCCGAAGGGGACGAAGAGUAGAGUGGACAGACUUGCCCACCACUAUGACAUGCUGAGGACAGGGUGGAGAGACUUACCAGAUACCCAUCACUCCUCCUCCGGCUGAUCAUAAGCUCGUCAGAGUUUGCGGCUCGACCCCAGUAUGUGCUAUACUUUGCAUUCUGUAUAGUCAUUUCAUUUCAUUCGGUAUCCUGCAGAAUACUAAUUACUUCAACACUUUUGCAAGCUUCGAUCGAGUAUACUGGGCAGGCUCUGGAGCUAUCGGCCUCAGUGAUGGGGAUGCUACAGAGUAGGCUCUGGACGUUCGUCUAGGAAGAGGACGAGGAGAGACUCCCGCACUUGAGGCGACCGGUGCCGAUCCAGAUGCUACUGCAUUUUGCUUUAUUUUUCUUUUUUUUACUAGUAGUUUUUGCACAUUGUACUGCGUCAGGCAUAUUUUAUUUUCUUCAAAACUACGUACUUUUGCAAAAGAAAACAUGA